AUGAUUAGUUUAAAGGUUUUCGUUGCUGCCUUUUUAGUCGUCUUUGCUGUGUCCGUUCAAUGCAUAAAGUUUAAAGGAGGUUACUAUCCAGGCCCAUAUGGACACUGCUGCGGUGAUUGCUCAGGAUUUGACCGCUACCCUUGUGAUAAUUAUCGUGGAGGAUGCAAUUGCCCAAUACCUAUCGUUUUGUCACCUACAGUUGGAUUACUUACUAAGCUAAAAGCUAAGUUUUUGUCCAAAAUUUGCGAUGGAGGUUGGGAUGACUGUGAUUGUGGUUGCGGCGGAUACUACGGCAACCCGUGGAUGAGAAAAUUCGGAAAAUUUGGGGGUUGUUGUUAA